UCCCCCACCCCAUCUGCUGUCCGAUCAGAAUCCAAGUGACCCCAACAUUUUGAAUUCGACGCUGAGGCGCGGGUGAACAAAGCGGGUGUUCUCGCGACGGCGAAGUCACGUGAUAGCCUAACUCCCACUCGCCUCUCAAAAGAGCAUGCAAUCACGCGCCUUCUUCUCUCACGCAAUCCCUAUCUUCUUCCCUACGAUGAUGUACGAAAGAGAGAGAAAAAGGAAAGAGAAAGAGUGGCGUGGAAAUGACUCGAACUAUUCGCUUUCUUCUCUCUCUCUCUUGUUUGGUCAUGGAAUGAGAUUAGCCUAUUUCUUCCUUUCCUUCUCCCUUCUGCCCGUAAUUCCUUCGAAUUCUUCGCCCCCAUCUCCCAUGUCUUCCUCCUAAACCCUAACUCUCUCCAUUGCUAACCCUUCCUCUUUUUCUUUCAUUCAUUUUUUGCUGUCUUCCCCUCAAUUGUUGUCGGAUUUUCUUUUUUGGGUGCGGUUCGAUCUCUCCCUUCUGACUUUUUUGUGGAUCUAAAUUUUCGUGAACUUUGAAGCUGGUUGAAACUCAAAAUGGCAAAAGGGAGCAAGGGACGUCGCAGGUUGGCUUCCCGUCAAUUCAGGUCAAACCCGUAUCCACUCCCUUAUAAGAGGGUUUUCCCAGAGGAUUUGUGCCCAAAGGAUUGUGUCAAUGCUGUGGAUAAGAAGUACUGGGAAGACUCAACAUGCUCGGUUUGCAUGGAGUACCCACACAAUGCUGUUCUGUUACUUUGUUCAUCGCAUGACAAGGGUUGUCGUCCCUAUAUGUGUGGUACAAGCCUACGUUAUUCCAAUUGCCUUGACCAGUACAAAAAGGCUUACACCAAAGUAAUUUCAUCCAACAAUGCACAAACAGUGAGUGCCUCAAUCGACAACCCAGGUGUUGUACAGGACCCAAGUUUACUGGGUGAAAAUCAUGAAGCGACUGAGCUUGCAUGCCCCCUCUGUCGUGGGCAGGUGAAAGGAUGGACUGUGGUUGAGCCUGCCCGAGAAUAUCUGAAUGCAAAAAAGAGGACCUGUAUGCAGGAUAGCUGCACGUUUGUAGGAAAUUACAAGGAAUUAAGGAAGCACGUGAGAUCGGAGCACCCAUCUGCAAGGCCGCGGGAGGUGGAUCCUGUGCUUGAACAAAAAUGGAGAAGUCUGGAACGGGAACGCGAGAGGAAUGACGUGAUGAGCACAAUCCGGUCGACAAUGCCUGGAGCUGUGGUCUUUGGGGAUUAUGUGAUAGAAGGAAAUAAUUUUGGAUUUGAUUCUGACGAAGAGGACGGAGGGUUAAAUGCUAAUUCUGCAGAGAGGAAUGCGGGUUUUGAAGUGGGUUUUGAUAGUAAUUUGGUGAAUAUGUUUCUUCUGUUACAUGCUUUUGGUCCAUCGAGUGGUGACCUCAACAGACGGCUUAGACAGCCAGAGAGAAUUUUCUCUCCCAGAUCAAACGAAGGCGUGGCAGGCAUUCCGAACACCACUCCACUCAGUAGUUUUGAUUCCAUUAAUGAAGGCAGUGAUAAUGGUGGAAGUGACGACGACAAUGGGAGUGGUAUGUCAUUGGUUAGCCGCCUUCGCCAUCAUGGGAGGGUACUGUUGGGACGUUCAGGUAGGAGGCGUAGGAAUAGAGAAAAUAGUAGCCAUAGAUGAUCAAAUUGGGCACAGAAACAGAAAGGAGGGGUAGGAAUAGGAAACAUUUCGCAGGUACAUAGUUUAAGAAAAAGAAAACGUAGAAGAAAAUUUUAAAUAAAGGAAUACAACUUGUGGAGUUUCAGCAAAAUUGAUCACAUUUGCCCCAUCUGAAAAGGGGAGAUGGAAAAGUUGGCAGGUUAGCCUGUCGUGUAAUUUAUUGUUAAUUGUAUAAUUUCCUGAUUGCCUUAUCCUCCUCUUGAUGAUACGUCAUUUGGUUGAAAAUUUACCUGUAAUCAUCUCAAAUUAAUGUAUCUUCUCGACAUUGGUUCACGAAGUCAUUCCACAAAAUGACACCAAUUUGUUUACGUAAUUUGCUCUCUGCUUUGAAUUUUAA